CGAACAGCACAGGGGCCGGGUGGAGGAGGGUGGGAGGAGCGGGAGCUCUGCGCCGCCGCCUGCCGGGGUUCGGAGCGAGGGGCCGGCGUCUGCGCCGCGGCGGAGCCCGAGGCCGCUUUCCCCGGGCCGGCCCGAGGCCCGUAACGUCACUGGGCGGCGAGGCCUUUCCCCGCCGCCGCUGCCGGGGCCACCAUGUCUGAAGCGGCCGAAGAGCAGCAGCUGAUGGAAACGGCCGCUACUGAGAACGGCCAUGAAGCCGCCCCCGAUGGGGAGCCUCCGAGCGAGGCCGUGAGCGAGACUGGAACCGCGACCGCGACCCCGACCGCGACCGGGACCGGGACCGGAACCGGGACCGGGACUGGGACUGGGACCGGGACCGGGACUGCGACCGGGAGCGGGAGCGGGUCCGGGGCGGCGGCCCCAGUGGCGGCGCCUCCUGCCGCCCCAGCCGGGAGCCAGAACGGGGCCGAAGGAGACCAGAUCAACGCCAGCAAGAACGAGGAGGAUGCAGGGAAAAUGUUUGUAGGUGGCCUGAGUUGGGACACAAGCAAAAAGGACUUAAAAGACUAUUUCACCAAGUUUGGUGAGGUGGUUGAUUGCACGAUAAAGAUGGAUCCUAACACUGGAAGAUCAAGAGGUUUUGGGUUUAUCCUCUUUAAAGAAUCUGCAAGUGUUGAUAAGGUUUUGGAUCAGAAAGAACACAGAUUGGAUGGACGGGUAAUUGAUCCCAAAAAGGCUAUGGCCAUGAAGAAAGAUCCUGUGAAGAAGAUCUUUGUUGGAGGACUUAAUCCAGAAGCUACAGAAGAUAAAAUCCGGGAAUACUUUGGAGACUUUGGAGAGAUUGAAUCUAUUGAACUUCCAAUGGAUCCAAAGACAAACAAAAGAAGAGGAUUUGUGUUCAUCACCUUUAAAGAAGAAGACCCUGUUAAGAAGAUUUUAGAAAAGAAAUUUCAUAAUGUCGGUGGAAGUAAAUGUGAGAUCAAGGUGGCCCAGCCUAAAGAAGUGUACCAGCAGCAGCAGUACAGCUCUGGGGGCAGCCGAGGAGGCCGGAGCCGAGGAAAUCGAGGAUCAGGCGGUGGCGGAGGAGGCAGUGGGAGUGGUGGCAGCGGAGGCAGUGGAGGGGGAGCUCAAAGUCAAAAUUGGAAUCAAGGUUAUGGCAACUAUUGGAAUCAGGGAUAUGGCAACCAGGGCUAUGGCUAUCAGCAAGGCUAUGGCGGUUACGGCGGCUACGACUACUCCCCUUAUGGCUAUUACGGCUAUGGACCAGGCUACGACUAUAGUCAGGGCAGUACAAAUUAUGGAAAGACUCCAAGGCGUGGUGGUGGUCAUCAGAAUAACUAUAAGCCAUAUUGAGGCAGUCCUGUGCGGUAUGCAGCGGCAUGCUCAGUGUUCAGAGGGACUGCACACGUUUUAUACGGAAAUGCUCUAGGUGGACAUUAAAAUUAUGUACCAAAUUUAACUUUGCAAACUUUC